AUGAUCUCCUACACUGCUGCCGUUCUUUUGGCUACGCUGAGUACUUCCCUGGCUUGCAGUCCGACAUGGCCAAAUGCUACGGACACAACGCCGACAUGGUUCCAGUGUAACAGUGGCCCCAUCACCUUCUACAAUGCAACACCUUUCGAUGCAAAUGGUAAUUACGAGUACCCCGUUCACCUGAGCAAGCCCCUGACCAUAAAGGCCGACAUCAACAACCCAAAAACCACCUAUGGAUCACCCGGAUUGAAACAGACGACAAAUAUCUGGAGCUGGACGACAACGUGUAACUGGAGCCCCGUUCCCACAUUCGGAAUGUUGAAGAACCUGGACGCCUGCUCAAAUGGCAUCCCUUGUCCUAUUAAGACUGGACGUCAAGAACUAGACAUGCUUAUGGACUUCUCACCGUACGGCGCCAUCAUUGCCCUACUCAAAGACGACGCCCCCUACCAACUUCAGAUGAUUCUUCAUGACGACGUUACCAAGGCCGAUGUCGCAUGCAUCACCUUUCAAGCACGGGCACGAAUUCAAUGA